GAUGCUGAUAAAAACAGUCAUUAGAGGGGCAGGGCUAAUUCAGGUUUCUUCCCUUAGAUGUAGUCCCUGAGUGGAAAUUUGACCCCCUUCAUCUUAAGAGGAAAGCCAGCACCCACACUCACACCAGAUCCUAUAAAGCACAGAUGACUCACUGACCAAAGUUCCUUAUUCUCUUGCUAUUGGCUAACGCUGUUCAUAAAAUAUAAUUUGCUGUUUCACUUCUCUUUGAAACAAGCAAGCUGAAUUACUUGGAGGAGGAAGACAGCAGAGAAGAGACAGAAGCCAAGGCAGCUGAAAGAAAGCAAACUCAGACUCUUCAAGGACAAAACACAAGGUGGGCAUUUAACAGCUGACCACUGCUGUUCAAUUUUAUUCAUCGACAUUUUGACUGUCUGCCUGAACCAGAUGUUCUGAGAGUGUGCACAUAAAAGGUGAACAACUCUUUUGAUCAGCAUGGAGAAAAAGCUUGUGUCCUUAUUGCCACCCAUCUCCCUGUCAGAUGUGGAACCCAAUGGCACCUUCAGCAAUCACCAUAGCAACAGGAACUGCACAAUUGAAAACUUCAAGAGAGAAUUUUACCCCAUUGUUUACUUGAUAAUAUUUAUCUGGGGAGCCUUGGGAAAUGGCUUUUCCAUAUAUGUUUUCCUGCAGCCUUAUAAGAAGUCCACAUCUGUGAAUGUUUUCAUGCUUAAUCUGGCCAUUUCAGAUCUCUUGUUCACAAGCACUCUGCCCUUCAGGGUUGACUAUUACCUCCGAGGCUCCAACUGGAUAUUUGGGGACCUGACCUGCAGGAUUAUGUCUUAUUCUAUUUACGUCAACAUGUACAGCAGCAUUUAUUUCCUGACUGUGUUGAGUGUUGUGCGUUUCCUGGCAACUGUUCACCCCUUCCGGCUCCUUCAUGCCACCAGCAUCAGGAGCGCCUGGAUUCUGUGUGGGGGUAUUUGGCUCUUUAUCAUGGCUGUCUCCACCAUGCUCCUGAACAAUGGCUCUGAGCCAAAAGGCAAUGUCACGUCGUGCUUAGAUCUGAAUUCUAACAAAGUUACGAAACUGAAGACCAUGAACUACAUUGCCUUGGUGGUGGGCUUUCUGCUGCCACUCUGCAUCCUCAGCAUCUGUUACCUGCUGAUCAUUCGAACUUUGUUAAAGGUGGAGGUCCCAGAAUCGGGGCUGCGGCUUUCUCACAGGAAGGCACUGACCACCAUCAUCAUUGCCUUGAUCAUCUUCCUCCUGUGUUUCUUGCCCUAUCACAUACUGAGAACCCUCCACUUGAUCAUGUGGAAAGCGGGUAAAUGCAAAGACAAGCUACAUAAAGCCGUGGUCAUCUCAUUAGCUUUGGCAGCGGCCAACAGCUGCUUCAACCCUUUGCUGUAUUACUUUGCUGGGGAGAAUUUUAAGGACAGACUAAAGUCUGCACUCAGGAAAGUUCAUCUACAGAAAACAAAGUGCAGCUUUUCUGUAUGUACGCAGUUGAAAAAGGAAACAAGAGUGUAAGGGAUUAUCAGGUGAGGCUGUUCCUGUGUCCUUGUGUCCACCUUCAUUCACAUGUCGUCUCCAAAUGACCAUCUAUUUACACCAUCCCCAACCCAGGGGGCGUCCCAAGAUUGAAUUGACCGUGACUUUUGUUAAUAAGAUAUAUUUCAAAAUUUUCAUCAGUUGUAUCUUCAGUGAUUGAGUCCAAAGGAGUACAGCAGGAAAAAUCCCUAAUGGGGUCUUGCAACCUGAAAUAUCAGACCGGGAAACAGUGCUGAGCCCAGUGGAUGCUGCUUCUCAUCAGAUUCUGUACCAGGUCUCUGGCCCACUAGGCAUUCUACAGUCUUAAUUUUAAGAUGACCCCAACGUUUCCAGCUUCUCCAGCUCUUCUUCACUCUUCAAUCCCCUGAGAUGUAGCCAAUUAACAAAGCUACUGGAGACCCCA